UCAAAGAUAAACACCGCCAACAACACGAUAACAUUUGAGCUUGAGCUUUCCCAUCUAUGGCGGCAGUCACUAAGAAAUAUGCUGUAGUAACUGGGGGAAACAAAGGAAUCGGACUAGAGAUUUGCAGGCAGUUAGCAUCUGAGGGUAUUACCGUAAUUUUGACAGCUCGUGAUGAACAAAGAGGGCUCGCAGCUGUCGAAUAUCUCAAAUUAGGGUCUGGGCUUUCAAACGACGUCGUAUUUCAUCAGCUUGAUUUGGCUGAUUUAUCAAGUAUUCAUUCCCUCGCUCAAUUUAUCAAUUCCCAAUUUGGAAAGCUCGAUAUCUUGGUCAACAAUGCGGGGAUUCUUGGAGCCGUGGUGGACGGUGAUGCUUGGAGAGCAUCAACUGGCAGUGGGACGGCAGGGGAAAAAACGAAUUGGAGAGAGACAAUGAGUCAAACGUACGAGUUAGCAGUAGAGUGCUUUCAGACAAACUAUUACGGCGCCAAAAAAACUACCGAAGCACUUCUUCCCCUACUCCACCUCUCUCAAUCACCAAGGAUUGUCAAUGUUUCCUCUACAAGCGGGAAGCUUAAGAAUAUACCGAGUGAAUGGGUGAAAGGGGUACUAAACGAUACCGAAAAACUUACGGAAGAAAGAAUUGACGAGGUGCUGAAUAUCUUCCUGAAAGACUUGAAAGACGGGGUUUUAGAAGGCAAAGGCUGGCCUGAGCUUUUUGCUGCGUAUAUACUCUCUAAAGCAGCGAUGAAUGCCCACACGAGAAUUCUUGCAAAGAAAUACCCGAGUUUUCAGAUUAAUUGUGUUUGCCCUGGUUAUGUUAAAACCGAAAUCAACUACAGUACUGGUGCGUUGACUGCGGAAGAGGGUGCAGAAAGUCCGGUGAAGCUGGCAUUGAUGCCCGACGAUGGUCCUUCUGGAAUGUUCUUCUCUAGGAAGGAAGUGGCUUCUUUUGAGUAAUGAUGAAAAUUGUAUUGCUAUAUAUAUUUGUUAUAACUAAUGAAUUGUAUUCCGGAAAACCGGAAAAUUGGGUCGUUUUGAACCGUUUGAAACGGCAAACCAUUUGUAAGGUAUUUUAUUUUUGAAAAAUUGAAUUAUUUUUUUCAUAAAUUGUGCAAAGGGUGAAGAAUCGAAAUUGACAAAUAUUUGGAUUUUG